ACUUGUCGACAUAAUUAAACUGAGGAAGGUAACUUCAAAUUGAAAAAUAAAUACUCUUUCCGUUUCAACUGAGCAUUAAAUUUGUAGCUUUACAUAACGUUCAUCCAUUAAAUUCAAAUGGCAGGGAUAAUAUAACCCUCUCAAAUUGCUCCAUUAGAAGUGCACAUUUUAUUGGCAUAAGAAAGUAAGCAAGAUAAAAAAGAUAGUCGCAAUAGACGUAAAGUAAAGAGACGACAAGUUAACGACCGAAGAACAAGUAUCCGACAAAUUUCCCAUUCGUAACAAUCAUUGCAAAAUUGACAACCUAUCGCACAUGCAAUGUGUUGUUCUGGAGAGCAGUCUUAGCGACCUCGAGGGCGAUAGCUUAUGAGCGACCCUGGGCUCGAAUCAGUGGAGCGCACGCGCGCGCGCGAGAGAGAGAGAGCAGUCCAAUAUCUAACGAGUGAGGACAAUAGCCUGUGUGUUAGGGUGGGUAACAUCUGGCGAAAAUGUCAUACAGCCUGUCGUUCAGUCCAUCGUGUUCGGAACCAUUUCUAGGGCCGAGUCUAGCACAGACUUGCCCAGGCGCACAGUUCCUCGUGUUCAUGACAAUCCUCGACACGUUUCUGAGGGCUAAGCGCGAGGUUUCACGACUCUGCGAACGCGUGAUACCAAAGGACCCAGCGGACUACUAUUAUGACUUCAUCGUCGUGGGUGGCGGUUCAGCGGGAGCAGUAGUUGCAUCAAGGCUAAGCGAAGUACCGGAAUGGAAGGUGUUGCUGAUCGAGGCAGGUCCAGACGAACCACCAGGCGCCGACGUACCAAGCAUGGUAGCAAUGUUUCUCGGUACCGAGAUAGAUUGGCAGUACCGAACCGUGAACGAGAAGAAUGCAUGUCUAUCGAGUGGUGGCUCGUGCAGUUGGCCAAGGGGCAAGAAUUUAGGCGGCAGUAGCGUACACAAUGGUAUGAUGUAUAUCAGGGGACACCCAAGGGACUACGACGACUGGGCUGCACUCGGCAACUAUGGCUGGACCUGGGAAGAUGUACUACCUUAUUUUCUAUGUUCGGAGAAUAACACCGAACUGCCGCGAGUGGGUAAGAAAUACCACGCACAAGGAGGUCUGUUGAAUGUGGAACGAUUUCCGUGGCAGCCACCAAUCACCGCAGAUAUCCUUUACGCUGCAGCGGAGGCUGGUUACCCAAUAAGCGAAGAUUUGAACGGCGAGCGAAUUGCUGGUUUUACCGUCGCUCAAACGAACAACCGUAACGGCGUCAGGGUCAGCAGUGCAUCGGCAUUUUUGCAACCGGCACGCGACCGAAGCAAUCUUCAUGUACUACUUAAUUCUACUGCCACAAAGAUUGUUACGGAGGAUCAACAGAUCGUUGGAGUUCAGUAUUUUAAAAAUGGCGAGUUUCGUGUUGCUCGAGCUACCAGAGAAGUUGUUGUAUCCGGCGGAGCAGUUGGUUCACCUCAUUUGCUACUACUUUCGGGAAUUGGUCCGAAAGAGCACCUGCGAACCAUGAAUGUAAGCGUGGUCAAGGAUCUUCCAGGCGUUGGUGAAAAUCUACAAAAUCAUGUUUCAUACACCGUAUCAUUCACGAUCAAUCAACCAAAUGAAUAUGAUCUUAACUGGGCAGCAGCUACCGAGUACAUUGCGUUUCAGAAAGGACCAAUGUCCUCAACAGGGCUAUCUCAAAUAACCGGAAUACUUCCGUCAAGUUAUACAACUUCUGAUCAUCCAGAUAUUCAGUUAUUUUUCGGUGGAUAUCAAGCCGCUUGUGCCACUACUGGGGAAGUAGGGGCACGUUUAGAUAAUGGCCGACGUAGUAUUAGUAUGUCACCGACUAAUUUACACCCACGAAGUCGGGGUACUUUACGAUUAGCGAGCAACAACCCGUUUAUUUAUCCAAUCAUCCAACAAAAUUAUUUAUCCAAUCCACUAGACAUAGCUAUUUUAGUCCAAGGAAUACGAGUAGCUCUUUCAUUAGCUAACACUACUGUACUUGCUCGAUAUAACAUAACUCUAUCCAAUCCUCCUAUCCGUGCUUGUUCAAGAUUUCCAUUUUUAAGCGAUGCCUAUUGGAGUUGCGCAGUUAUGCAAGACACGGGACCGGAAAAUCAUCAAUCGGGAUCCUGUAAAAUGGGACCUCCCAAUGAUCCGUGGUCGGUUGUUGACCCUGAAUUAAAAGUAUACGGUAUAAAAGGCUUACGUAUAGCUGAUACAUCGAUCAUGCCGAAGGUUACAUCAGGAAAUACGGCAGCGCCAGCAAUGAUGAUUGGAGAACGAGCUGCUGCUUUUAUAAAAAAAGAUUGGGGUGCCACAUCUACGCAAUGCAGUUCGUGCUUUUCGAAGGACAAUUCAUUAGAUUUUUUGCGAUGGGGAAUUAAAUAUCUUGAUCACGAUAUCUGGUGACCUCAGUUAGAAAUAAGUCCAAAGUGUUUGAUUAAAAUAUCAGACAAGCCAUUAUAAAAUUAGCAAAAUUAUAGACAGAUAUACUUUAUCAAGUAUUAGUUGUUAUUAGUAUAUAAUUAGUGAAAAAUUUAUAGUACAUUACUGUUUAUUUGUAGUACUG